AUGGCGCAGGAGUUUAGGUUCAAGAAAUUUCCAGGGCUCCUGGGAUACAUCCAACACCAGAUCAAAUGCGAGGUCUGCUUCCACACACCUUUUCACACCAGCAAAGCUGGCGACUUCUCGGCGUGUUCGCGAUGCGAGCUUGCUUGGUGGUGUUCGCCUAGCUGCGCAGUCGAGUUCGACCGCGCUCACAAUGCGGACCUGUGUCGCGACCUGCAAACUGUGGCUUGCGUUGAACGUCUCAAGAUUGACUAUGCAAUCGCGCGGCAUCAUAUGAACAAGUUGGCAAUUCGCACACCCCAACCGCGCACGCAAUACAUCCAGCUUUCCUCCCUUCGCGGCUGGGAUGACUACAAUACGUGCAUCUUCCCAAAGUUUGACUUCGCGGCCGAGUUCACAUCGAGGGAGUUCGGGACGAAUAAUAAGGAUGUCGCACGAGCUACGAAGUUGUUGGCAAUGGAGUCAACCGUGCUCCCGCUCACCGUUCUGGCUGCUCUAGAACAGGCUAUACCCUCUCUGGAGAUGCGCUCGAAGCUUUGCAUCCAUUUCGUCAGCGUCGAGUCCCGGGAGUUUCACGGGCGAGCGAUGACGGAGGAAAUCCUUCACUACCUCCCGAGCCUCCGAGCGCUCAACAUUUGCCUCGUCGGCCCGAAUAUACCGACUAACUCCGAGUCAGAAACCGAAUGGGCUGAAUCAGAACUGGCGUGCCCUCCCUGCGCGUCUCGGGGACGAACUCGGGAAGCCGCUUUUUACAAAGGACCGUACGAGGUUUUCGUUCACAAGAGCAAUCACGCCCGCCAGCAACCUGAUCUCAUCGUGGCUCUAAACACGGGUUUCUCCGAGGUUGAGACGGUCAGCUGGAGGAAGACUCUGGAGGUCAUCAUCGAUGGAGGCGUUCCGGCGGUGUUCACCGCGUACAGUCAUGCCGAAGCAGAGAUGGAGGAGAGCAUUCUUCGUGAUAUGGGUGUCCGUUUUAUUCAGAAGGUCGAGAAGAACAAAUGGAGGGGUCCGGUUCCGAGGGUUAACUCAUAUCUGCAGUGGGCAGGUGAUGAUGUUUCAUUUUACAACAGCCAUUAUUGGUACAUCAUCCAGGGGCGUAAAUGA